ACUGUGUGUUUGUAAAGGCUCGUGUCAAAUGUGUCUAAAGCACAAAAACUUUAGCCUGUGGCUGUUGCUUGCUCUGCAAACCUUCGAGGGAAAGUGAGGUGAUCUACUUUCUCUCCCUGGAUGGAAAUAAAGGUCUGAAGGGAAGAAGCAUAGCACAGCAGUGGAGAGGUGGGGCCACAUAGCUCCAAUGACAGGUAGACACAGGGAGGAGUUACAUUACCUGGGUUGAGCAGGCAGUCAGUGCACAGUGAGGAGUACACCUGUUGCUUUUUCUCUCUCUGCCUCUUUCCCUUUUCCUGUCCCCAGUCUCUUCUCCUGACUGAUCUGCAGCCACAAAGGUAGCUGACGGCCUCACUAUGAAUCCCAGUGAGGCCGGCGGGAGUGAGAAGGAGAGGGAAAAGGAGAAGGACAAGGUGAUAAAGAGGAGGAACCGGCCUGUGUUCCUGCGUUACCUGGAAAGGAGGAGGACGGACACUAUUGUGGCUCAGGACAUGGCCAAAGGUGACAUCAACCUGGGGACACUAGUGAGGAGGAGUCAGUCUGACAAGACGGAGUACAGCGCCAAACUUAAAGAGAAAAUGACACCACUGGACCUGUCUGCGCCUCCAUCUCCAGCCAUCGACCCAGAGGAGGUCCGUUUGAGGAAGAUGAAGCGCAGAGCAAAGGUUAUUCAGGAGCUUGUGCAGACCGAAAAGGACUUUCUCACAGGCCUGGAGCUGUGCAUCAGAGAGGUGGUCCAGCCUCUGCGAAACAUGCAGGUUGUCGAUAUAGAUCGGCUGUUCACCAACACGGAGACAGUGUGUGAGGUCUCUGCAGCUCUCCUUCACAGACUGCAGGAGGCCAUGGCUGACUCCGACCCGGAAGCAGUUGUCAUAGGAGAAGUAUUCAUCCAGGCGAAGGCAGCUUUAGAAGAUGUAUAUAAGAUUUACUGUUACCAUCACGACGAUGCCAACAUGUCCCUCAAAUCAUAUGAGAAAGAUGAGGAAAUAAAGCAACAUUUCACUACAUGUGUAUUAGCACUGAAAAAAAUAUAUGACCAAGAAGGGAAACCUAACUUGCUGGACAUGGGUUCACUGCUCAUCAAACCUGUGCAGAGGAUCAUGAAGUACCCGCUGCUGCUCGGGGAGCUGUGGCAGGCCACACCUGAAGACCACCCCGACUACUGUCCACUGCAGGAGGCGUUCACUGCUGCCAAGAUCAUCAAUAUUAACAUCAAUGAGUUCAAGAGGCGCAAGGAUAUCGUUAUGAAGUACAAGAGGUCGGAAGAUGAGGGCACACUGAGAGGCAAACUGCACAAGUUCAACAUACACUCCAUCCGGAAGAAAGGUGACAGGUUCGCUGGGUAUCUCAAGAUCCUCACUGGAGUUGAACCACAGGUGAGAGAUGAAAUAUUUGAUAAAGAGGAGAAGCUGUUCAGAGGUCUGGAAAAGGCUGUGAGGCAGCUGGUCAAGAAUGUUCACUGUUACCUGCAGCACGCUCAGGAGAUGGUGUCUGUAGCUGUCCAGAAUGUCCAGGACAUGGAGAACAUUGUGAAGGAUCCAAGUAAAAAUGGCACAAAUGGAUCAAUGCACAGUAACGGAAAUGACCCCUAUAAGCACUUUAAAAACUGUGUGGAGCGCUUGGUCCUCGCCCCCCUCUCCUCUCUGCAGGGCAUGUUCACAGCACCACAGAAGCUCAUCCAGAAACGCUAUGACAAAUUGCUGGAUUACUGCAGCCGCCUUGAGCGCUCUUCCUCUUUCUCAUCCUCCUCAUCCACCACCACGUCAUCUCCCUCACUGGCGUCGGAGGACCCGUCAGGUCCUGCCAGGAGGGACUAUGAGGCUCUCAACGCCAUGCUCGUGGAGGAGUUGAACAGGUUCAACAUGGCUGCCUAUACGAUCCUGACCAACUGUGUGCUGUAUCUAGUGACCUUACUCAGGGAGCUGAUGGACAAAAUUCUCCUCCGUGCUCCAUCUAUACAGCAGCUUCCACCUCCGUUAUCGAACAUCGUUGAAGUGCAGAACAGCAUCAUGGAUGGGCUGAAUAACCUGGCCUUUGUCAAAGAUAAUGCACAGAGGCUAAUGGAGCGCAAAGUCAGCUUUGAGAGGCAACGAGACAAGAAAACAACGGUGAUGGAGGUGCAGCAUCAAACCGAGGAACAGCGUGCGAUGCUGCUGGCAGAGUACCCACCUAACCGUCUGUACCAGCUGAAGAGAAAGUGUAACGGCUGCCAGGAGCAGGACCUCAGUCUGCUGGAGGGGGAGCUGGUGGCUCUGCUGGAGGACACAGACCCAUUAGGCAGCAGCAGCCGGUGGCUGGUUCACACUGGAGGUACACAAGGCUACGUCUAUUCCACAUUCCUGAAGCAGUACAAUCCACUGAGGGACUCACAGCGAGGAGGCCAGAGGGUCAAAGAGCAGCAGCAGCAGCAGCAGCAGCAUCAGCAGCAGCAGCAACACCAGCCGUCUGCCAUGGUGGAAGAGGACUUCGAUGACAUCAGCCUGUUUGUGUCUGGCAGUGGAAGCAGCAGCCUGCGCAGUUUCAACCUCACCACGACAGACAGCAGCUCAACCCUUUCUGGUCUCCAGGGGGAACUAGAGAGCCCAGAAAAUAUGGAGGACCUAGUGGACACAGAGGCACAGCAGUUUUAUGCCGUCUACGCAUUUCAAGCCCGCUGUGACCAGGAGCUGACCUUGCAGGAGUACCAACAUGUUCGCAUCCUCCAGUUCUGCGACCUGGGAGGCAACAAAGACUGGUGGUUAGCUGAGGCCAAUGGACAGAAAGGAUAUGUGCCUGCCAACUACCUUGGCAGAAUGUCCUACGCCUAAAAAGGGGUUUAGAUUAAAACAAAACAAACCCCAAAGGAACCAGUGGCAUUUCAGACAAAACUAUUUACUUUUCAAUUCAUAUUUUAAAAAGCCCUGGAUGUAAAACAUGUUACAUUUCUGCUGGUAAAUGUCAAAAGGAAGGAUUUUUUGGUGGAUCCAGGCUCCCACAGGACUGACAUGUAGAGACCCCCACACACACCCGCAGGUAUCACUAGAUAUUAUCAGUCUCGGUCUCAUACCAAAAGUGUUGAUAUUGAAUUUGCUUUGUUCAUAAAAAAACAAGCACUCAUCAAAUGGACCAGUAAUCUGUCGAUUAACAAUAAAGACAGUGGGAGAAUACAGCACACUCUGCUGAGCACUUUUGGACUUCAGUGUUGUUAAGUUCAUAUUAAUAAUGAAGUGAUUUACAAAUGAAGAACAUUUUAUAUAUGAAAGGAUUUAUAAAUGA